CACAUGGGGCCCGGGCCGUCCGGCCUGCCCCCGCCGGGACCCCCGGGCCCCCCGCCGCCCCCGGGACUAUGGCCCUGGACAAGCUGCGCUCCGGGCUCAAAGUGUUGUUAAUAACAGUACUUGUAGUGGAAGGGAUUGCUGUGGCCCAGAAGACACAAGAUGGGCAAAAUAUUGGAGUUAAACACAUUCCACCUUCUCAGUGUGGCAUUUGGGUUCGAACUAGCAACGGGGGCCAUUUUGCUUCUCCAAGUUAUCCUGACUCGUACCCACCAAACAAGGAUUGUAUCUACAUUUUGGAAGCGGCUCCUCGUCAAAGAAUAGAGCUCACCUUUGAUGAAACUUAUUACAUAGAGCCUUCAUUUGAAUGUCGGUUUGAUCACUUGGAAGUUCGAGAUGGGCCAUUUGGUUUCUCCCCUCUUAUAGACCGUUACUGUGGUGUGAAAAGCCCUCCGUUAAUUAGAUCAACAGGUAGAUUCAUGUGGAUAAAAUUUAGUUCUGAUGAAGAAUUAGAAGGCUUGGGAUUUCGAGCAAAAUACUCAUUUAUUCCAGAUCCAGAUUUUACUUACCUAGGAGGUAUUUUAAAUCCCAUCCCAGAUUGUCAAUUCGAGCUCUCAGGGGCUGAUGGAAUAGUACGUUCCAGUCAAGUAGAGCAAGAAGAAAAGACAAAACCUGGACAAGCAGUUGACUGCAUAUGGACGAUUAAAGCCACUCCAAAAGCCAAGAUUUAUUUGAGAUUCUUAGACUACCAAAUGGAACACUCAAAUGAAUGCAAGAGAAACUUUGUUGCUGUCUAUGAUGGAAGUAGUUCCAUUGAAAAUCUGAAAGCCAAAUUUUGCAGCACGGUAGCCAAUGAUGUGAUGCUACAGACAGGGAUCGGAGUAAUACGAAUGUGGGCCGAUGAAGGUAGCCGGCUUAGCAGGUUCAGAAUGCUGUUUACUUCCUUUGUUGAUCCUCCCUGUUCAAGCAGCACUUUCUUUUGCCAUAGCAACAUGUGCAUCAAUAAUUCUUUAGUCUGCAAUGGUGUUCAAAACUGCGCAUACCCGUGGGAUGAAAAUCACUGUAAAGAGAAGAAAAAAGCGGGAUUAUUCGAACAGAUCACAAAAACCCAUGGAACAAUCAUUGGCGUUACAUCUGGGAUUGUUUUGGUCCUUCUCAUAAUUUCCAUUCUAGUACAAAUCAAGCAGCCACGCAAAAAAGUCAUGGCUUGCAAAACUGCCUUUAAUAAAACUGGCUUCCAAGAAGUGUUUGAUCCUCCUCAUUAUGAACUGUUUUCACUGAGGGACAAAGAGAUUUCUGCAGAUCUGGCUGAUUUGUCAGAGGAACUGGAGAACUACCAGAAAAUGCGCCGUUCUUCUACUGCUUCUCGAUGUAUUCACGACCACCACUGUGGCUCCCAAGCCUCCAGUGUAAAACAAAGCAGGACCAACCUCAGUUCCAUGGAACUUCCUUUCCGUAAUGAUUUUGCACAACCUCAGCCAAUGAAAACGUUUAAUAGCACCUUCAAAAAGAGUAGCUACACUUUCAAACAAUCACAUGAGUGCUCUGAGCAGGCCAUAGAAGACAGAGUGAUGGAAGAGAUCCCCUGUGAAAUUUACGUGAGGGGACGAGACGAUUCUGCACAAGGAUCCAUGUCCAUUGACUUUUAAUCUUCUGCCAGAGGUGAAAUUCACGCGUGUGCACCUAAAUACACAGCACACAUGGGCCAAAUACUGCCUCCUUUUUCCUUUUGGCUUCAUUCCACUUCGUUUAUCCCCUCAGAAAUACGAGGUACUAGUAACUAUUGUAACGGUGAAGUUUUUGCUCUCAGGUGGCCUGGCUAGUUUGAACAACAAACUGAAGGUUUUGCAUGGAAGCAUUAAGAAGGAUAAUAUCAUUUUAGUAGCCAUAUCAGUAAGUUCUAGUCUUGCAUUCUCUCAGCUUUUCAGAACCUUUGUCUCGUCUCUAAAUGCCAUCUUGUUUUCAAGCUAGUCAUUUUAAUAGUUCAAAUAAAUAGGUAAAAGCAAUUAAUGCACUUACACUUCUUUUGAUAAGGACUGUGGGUACAGAAUUUGUCGAAUUACAGCUUGAGUUACUGUGGUAAGUGCCAAUUAAGACCCAAGAGUUAUGUUGGAUCCAUCUGUUUUCUUCUUGACUAAUUUCUAUACUGCUGCCAUUUAAUUACUAGUUCCUUAGCCUGUGAUUUCUGUGAGAUGUAAAAUGGUUUAUUGCAUUUUAAUGGUAUUUAUCAUAGUUGUACUAUAGCAAAAUACUUUAGAACCUUGAGAUACAUAAGCCUUUACAUACCUUAGUUGGAAAUUCGGAAAACAAAAAUAAAACGGUUCACCUUUUUUUACAAUUUCAAACUCUGGCUUGUUCCCAGCGCUUGACCCCACCUAUACUCACAGAGCAUUUAACUCCCUCUGUUGUACAGAUGGUGUUAACAUUUUUCUUUUUUAGAAGAUCUUUACAUUCCUCAAUCUGUGUUCCCUUUUUUUUAAAAAAAAGUCCUUGUUCUACAUAUUUUUUUUCUUCUGGUAUUUAUUAACCAAGUUUUCUGAGGAAGGAACAGGGAGGUAUUGUAAUUGUAUCUAAUUCUAAUUGCAUCAGAUUGCUUUUCCUAAGACUGUCACAUUACCUAGCAUGGAUUUCCAUCAGUCACUUUUUCUUUUAACACUGAUUUUUGACCUUUCUAUGGUAGAUAAUUUAUAAACAUGCCCUAAAAACUCCCAUUGUAUUUUUAAGAUUUUUUGAUAACGUUUGUAAAUGUACAUACCCUUUAAGUCAGGAUUUGAGAUUUGAGGCAAGUUUGUUUCAAGGUUCCCAUUAACAGCUUUGUGUGCUAACAUGCUGUGACAGCUGUGUAUUAUAAUCAGUUGUAAAGGACUUGAAGAUUGUACAUUAGAUUUUUUAAUUCCUUUUUAAUAUUGUUUAGCUUGUGGGAGCUAAUUACUUUUUUACCAAGUGUGACAUUUAUAGUUCCAAGUUACUGCACGUAUCUGGUAUUAAAGAUGUAUGUAAAAAGUUGAUUCCCAAAUCAUGUUAUCUGUAGCACUGCUUGGGGCCUGGAUCUUGAGGUACUUUCCUGCAGAAAGGUUUUAUUUUUCAGAACUAAAAUUACAGACAUGUCAUACUUUUAAAAUGUAGAAGAGACUACCACCUUCUAUUGUUAAUGCCCAUUAAAGUUAUAUGAAAUGGGAAAUGGGAUUUAAAAUGACACUUUAUCAAGCAGCUUUCCAAUAAUUUCCAUUAUGUUUUUGUUUUUCUUUCCUCUGAGGCUGGGAUAGAAUCUACUAUUAAGGGUACUUGUAGAUAAGACAUACAUUUAAAGGUAAUUUUUGACACUGAUAAGGUGAUUUUGAAAGUCAAAUUGUAGCUAGUACCCAGAAACUAUUUCCAUCCAUGCACUAUACCCAUGAUGAAGGCUGAUACAAUUAUCUCUAUUUCUGAACUCCAAAUAGAAAGCCUUGCCUGAGUAAACCAAAAUAAGCAGUUAGGAUUAGAUAGCAGGCCCUUGCAAUAGAUAAAGACUUACAUAAACAGAUUUUGGAAUAUUAUAGUAAAGUAGAAUCUAGACAAAACAGCUGUGAUAUAUUUCAUAAAGCUGAAAGCAGAUACAGAAAAUAAUAACAGCAUCUUCUAGGUAUAGGAUAAUAGUCUCAUCCUCAAGAGUAACUUUUUAAUUAAAUUUUUCCUUCUUUAGACUUUGGAGAAACUUGCAACAUCCUUUCCUCAGUCAUAGUCAGUGGUAGCUAUUUGAUCUAACACAGAUAAUGCAUAUUUAGUUCUGGUAAUUGUUAAGGGUUUACUACGUGCCAAGCCCUGCACUAAGUAAGCGCUGGGGUAGAUAUAAGAUGAGCAGACUGGACAUUGCUGUCUUGGGGUAACCAAGAGUGAAAUAUCCCAUGGUGAGUGAGUGAAAUCAGGCAGACUGAAAUCCAGAGUAGGGAGAAAUCUUUAGUAGCAAACUACUGGGGAAAUAUCUACACAUUUCCACUCUUUAAUAUCAUUACUGCCUUCCAGUGCCACACCAUUAAGCAAAGUUGGAAAUAAACAUCAAUUCUCAAAUGCUGCAGAAUUUAAUUAGAGUACCCAUUAAAAGCAUGAUAUUCUUUUGUGCAGAGAAUAUAAGAAUCUGAUCCUUUCAGGGAAUGAAGGGAUUUCCUGCACAUAAUAUGUCAUAAAGUAGAUGAUAAAAAAACCUCUUCACACUGAAUGCUUAAGACCCUUUUAGCAGCUUUUAUUUCUGCAGUGUCAUAUUUCAUAUAAUUGUCAGACAUUAAAAGAAUCUCUGAAUCUCCUAAA